UGUCUGUGUUACAAUAUGGCUGUACUUCAGUUUGGGGGAGAGGUGAAGUGUGUGUGGGUGGGCAUCAUUGUGUUGUAAGAGGGAAGUAUUUCUCCUGUGGCUGCUGCACCAAGAGAACCCAUCACCUCUCUGUAUUUAUUCUAUUAAGAGAAGGUAAACAUCAGGUACAAUGGAAUAUCUGGAAGACAACAAAAUAGAGGCAUUUGAGGAAGAAGACAAGGAAUAUGAAAGAGAAGAAGAUGAAGUAGUUGAUAGUGAUGAACUCCAUGACAUGCAGGAGUGUCUUUCACAGACAGACCUAUCCAGAACUGAUGACAAUAGAGAAAUACAGAGACUGCCCAUGAAAAUAAUGGAUUUUCCUUCUUAUACAACAAACUCUAACAAAGAAGAAAUGCUACUGGGUCUUGCUGAUAAUUUUUGGCAUCAAUACACUCAUCUUUACCCAGAUCGGAAACCUCUAUUCAUGUGCCCUCAGAAUGAGUGUGGUGUGGAGAAAUUUGUCUGCACCACUUUACGCCCAACACUACUGCCAUAUUCUGACCUGUAUGACUGGGACCAAAGUGCCAAGUUUGUGUCUGAGAACUUGACCAUGGAACCUCUGAGCCCUCCACUGGAACUGCCUCAAAGCCUUUUCUCUUCAACAUCAGUUCUGCAAAAGCAAUCCGGGAAUUGUUUUGACUUCAGUGUCCUGUUGUGCUCCCUCUUGCUGGGUGCUGGAUAUGAUGCUUACUGUGUCAGCGGAUAUGCAACACGAGAAAUGUGCCUUAUGGAUGAGACACGUAACAUUUGCCCUCUUUUAAACAAAGUGAAGGAGAGCUCCAGGGAAAGCCCCCAAAAACCAUUAAAGAAGUACACUGUGAAGCCCCCUCGUCAGCUGAUUAGUAAGUUUGGGAUACAGCAAGAAGCCAAGAAACAGGCUAAAAUGCAGGAAGCACUGCACAAAAAGCAAGAGGAGGAGGCAAGGCUUAAGGAGGAUGCAGAAAAAUCUGGUCCAGAUCAUCUGUAUGGGCUUAGAGUGCAUUGUUGGGUUUUGGUACUUUCUGGAAAACGGGAGGUCCCAGAGAACUUCUUCAUUGAUGCACUCACAGGGAAAAGUUAUGCAACCAACGAUGAGCACUUCCUUGGUAUAGAGAGUGUGUGGAAUCAUGAGGACUACUGGGUCAACAUGCAGGACUGUCGCAAUGGUUGCAAGGACAUGAAAUUUGACCUGGGUGAUCCUGUGUGCUGGGAGUACCUGCUACAGGGUGGUUCAAAGCCUCUACUUCUAAUUCCUGAUGAGGAAGAUGAAGAGGAAGUCAAUGAAGAAACUAUACAAAAAUUGAAGACAAUUUUCCAAAUGCCACCGUCUUGGGUGCUACCUAUUGUGAUAACACCUAAAGAGUUUGAAACACGCUGCCCACAUGGUAAAAAAAUUCUUCAGUACAAAAAAGCUAAGCAUGAGAAAUGGGCUCCAUAUUUGAAAAAAGACGGACAUGUUUCUCGGCUUACCGUUUACCAGGAUACAGAGUGUACUCAGGAAGUUGAAAUUCAAGAUUGCUUUCAAAACCGAAAGGAUAAAUUAGAUGUGAGAGAGCAACACAAAAUUGAUCAAGUCACAACUGAGUAUUUUAUCCCUGGGCGUACUGACUCUUUAAAAGUUCAUGAAUCUCGAUGCCUGGCUCCAGAGACAGAACGUAGCAUGACCUUUUACAGCAAUUCUCGUCUGGAUGGUUUGCAGAGACGAGAUGAAAAACCUUUAGAGAUGACUGAAAUUUACCAGGGCCGAACAGAUUUCUUGUAUUACAAACAUACAGUAUUUGGGAAAAGACCUAAGAAGGUGGCAAUAGCUGGAGGACCAACUGAGGCUAACCCAAGACCAAUACUGAAAAUCACAGAGCGAUUCUAUAGGAACAAAGAGAAACCAGCAAAUGAAGAUGUGGCAGAACAUACCUUUCUCUUAACUGAGGAUCGUAUACAACUGCGUUGUCACCGAAACGAUGACCACAUCACUACAUCAUACUGGGAAUUCCUGAAACCAGCCCACCUGGGAGAGAAAGACACACAUAUUGUACUUACCCCUGAAACAUGCAUAUCAUAUCAGGUGGAACCUUCAGAGAAGUUCAGCAAACAGCUGUAUGUCUAUGAAACACUGCUAACCCUGCAGCAGGCAGAACAAAAUGCCAAGAAUAAUGUGAGGAAGUCUGAGGCAGAGGUACGGGAGAUACUGGCUGCCCGAGCCCAGGAGGAGGCAGACCCUCAGCUCACAAUAUCCACAUAUGAUACAGAAAGAAAUGAGAAAAGCAAAGAGAAAAGAGAAGCUAUGGAAAGAGCUAUAGAAGAAGAACGUCAACGCAGAGCUGUGCUGGAACUGGACUAUUUGGCACCAUUCCUUGCUCAGCUGGGGGAUCCUGAGAGGCUGACACGCUGGCAAGCACAACAAGUCAAAGAAGAGUGCCUGAGUGAUAUGAAACAAAGGUUAAUAGAAAAAGCAAACCUGAUCCAGGCCCGCUUUGAGAAGGAAACCCAGGAGCUUCAAAAGAAGCAGCAGUGGUAUCAGCAGAACCAAAUGUCCAUGAGUAAAGAGGAUGAGGAUUCUUACCUAGACUAUUGCUCUGAAGCUAUGUUCCGAAUCCACAUCUUGGAGACCCGCCUGAACAGACAUAAGGAUUUAGCUCCACAGAAAUACUUGGCUUUGGAAGACCGUCUUGUCAAGGACCCUCGGCUAUGUGAUCCAUUGUUACCUUCUUAAUUUAGACCAUCUUUGCUUUAUCAUGCCAGGUUCUGCACAAUAAAGAUCAAAAUGGAGAAAUAUGUUAAAUAAUAUUGAUAUAUUUGUUAUAAAAGAAAAAAAUUAUAUAUUGGAGAGCCCUGAAGGAAGCAGCCUCUUAUAGAUCCAAGCCACUUUAAUAAAAAUAUUAAUUUAUUGUGCAAUUUAA